GGCUCUUCCAAGGCCCUCCUAUGGGGAUGGAGGUGGAGGAGGCACUUUCACUUUUCUAUAAAGGCCCGGCGGCGGAGUGACAGCUCAGACACUCGCCGACAGGGGUAACCCGAAGCCCCCGGUUUAAAAAAAGGAGCCCGGCCUUUUGCGCCUUACAAGGAGGCGGAGGAGGAGAGAGAGAGAGAGAGAAAGAGCAAGGCCAGCGACGUCAGAAGGAGCUGCUCCUGGGAAGAGGGCUCUCUUUCUUUUUGUCUCCAGAGGAGGGUCCCCGAAAGGAAGGAAGGAAGGAAGGAAGGAAGGAAGGAAGGAAGGAAGGAAGGAAGGAAGGAAGGAAGGAAGGAAGGAAGGACAGGACAAUCACAGCCAUGAACGGGACGCUGGACAGCCUGGAAGACUACACGUUCAACGAGGAAGCCGGGGCGUUCAUGUUCACUUCGGAGUCGGUGGGAGAAGGGCAUCCAGACAAGAUCUGCGACCAGAUUAGUGAUGCUGUGCUUGAUGCUCAUUUGAAGCAAGAUCCAAAUGCAAAGGUUGCUUGUGAGACAGUGUGCAAAACUGGGAUGGUGCUGCUCUGUGGAGAGAUCACAUCUACAGCUGUGGUGGAUUACCAGCAAAUCGUUCGAGAUACAAUUAUGAACAUAGGUUAUGAUGAUUCAUCUAAAGGCUUUGACUACAAAACUUGCAAUGUUCUUGUGGCUUUGGAGCAACAGUCACCAGAUAUUGCUCAGGGUGUUCAUCUGCACAGGAGUGAAGAAGAAGUUGGUGCUGGGGACCAGGGCCUGAUGUUUGGCUAUGCGACGGAUGAGACAGAAGAAUGCAUGCCUCUGACAAUUAUGCUUGCUCACAAACUGAAUGCCAAAAUGGCUGAGCUGAGGCGCAAUGGGAUCCUUCCUUGGCUUAGACCUGAUUCCAAAACCCAGAUCACAGUUCAGUAUGUCAAAAAAGAUGGCGUUGCUAUCCCAUUGCGUGUUCACACCAUUGUCAUCUCGGCGCAGCAUGAUGAAACCAUUUCUCUGGAUGCUAUGCGCAAGGCCCUGAGAGAGCAUGUUAUCAAGGCCGUUGUUCCACCCAGAUACUUGGACGACAAAACAGUUUACCACCUUCAGCCCAGUGGCCGGUUUGUUAUUGGUGGCCCCCAGGGAGAUGCUGGAGUUACUGGUCGGAAGAUCAUUGUCGAUACUUAUGGUGGAUGGGGAGCUCAUGGAGGAGGAGCUUUUUCAGGCAAAGACUACACAAAGGUUGAUCGGUCAGCAGCAUAUGCAGCCCGCUGGGUUGCCAAAUCCUUGGUGAAAGCAGGACUCUGCCGUCGUGUGCUGGUCCAAGUUGCCUAUGCCAUUGGUGUGGCUGAGCCACUUUCCGUCUCUCUAUUCACUUACGGUACCUCAACAAGAACUGAGCAAGAGCUGCUGAACAUUGUACACCAGAAUUUUGACCUUCGUCCUGGAGCCAUUGUCAAAGAUCUGGAUUUGAAGAAGCCAAUCUAUCAGAAGACUGCCUGUUACGGUCACUUUGGAAGAAGUGAAUUUUCUUGGGAAGUACCCAAGAAACUGGCUUUUUAACUGUCUUGAGCCUAAGCUCAAUGGGAAUGGAUUUCACUACAAAGGGUGCUUCCAAUGACCAUCAUCUAAGUUCAGAAAAUUGGGGGGGGGGAAGAAAACUACCAUGAUUUGUAUUUUCAGCAUCACAAUCCACAAAAAAAUGAAAAUGCAGGCGGAUAUUUUUUUCUCUCCUGUUGCUGCUAAAUUUUUCAGUUCCACUUAGAAAGAUGAUUGAGAACUUGAGCCCAUAGUCAAACCAUACAAUGCUGGACUACAAACAAGCUUGUCUCUUUUCUUAUAUUCAAAUGAGAAACCAGAUUCCCGCAGGUUCAAGAAACUUGUUCAUUUUUCCUGGACAAUUAUCAAUUCUAUGCACCAUUUUUUUUGUGAUGUUGGUACGGCAAGGACCUGGUAGGCUCUUGAUGUGGAGGGAGAGUAUUGGUCUAUAACCAAGUCUUAUCUUAUCCAAAGGAUUUUGUCAGGCUUUAAAUAUGCCUUGCCAGCUGUCUGCUAUUAUAGUAAUUUUUUAAGUAGGGGAGUUUAGCUUUCUCUUUUGUAACGGCAUUGUGACAGAAACAUUCAGAAUGGUGCAUGCCCGGUGCCUUCUGUAUAUAUGCUUACAUAAUUGGUAAAAUUGUUAGAGCCUCUUCCCAGCAGGGCUGUUGUUUCCUAUAAAGAGCGGUGGGGGUACAAAGGAAAAUGGUUGCUUGCAAAUCGCCUACCUCCACUAUUGUCUGAGCUGUGAAAUUUCAUAGUUGUGCAUGACGUUCCAAAAUCAGAGUAUGAGGAUGAUGGCAAUAGAAAUACUGAAAUAGUGGGCCUUUUGUAAAGGAAGUGAAAAGUUAAUUGUGUAUCUGUAGGAGAAAUUACACAUAACCUUGGAGUAGAAGGGGCUAUAUGAUGUUAGCAAGAAAUGGAUAAUAUAAAUAAGCAAGCAGGUGGAAGCCUAGAAAGCAAAAUGGAAACAGGGUUUCUACAAACAAGAUGUAUGAAGAAAAUGAUGCAGGCUAAUUAAUAAACUUAAAAAGGACAAGAUGCAGGCUAGGCAAUAAAUUUUAAAUAAAGAACAUGAAAAAGAAGCUGAGAGGCAAAUACUUGACAGCACACUAUACCACUGCUUCUUAAUCUUUCUGCUAGGCAGAAUGCAUAGUAGGGUUUCCGCCCUCAAAAUGCCACAGACUGGCAUUAUAUUUGCGUCUCUUGACUACAACUGAAAACGCACAGAGUAUCAGCAGCCAACUGGUGGAUUAGUUUUGGUACAUGGACCAACACUUAGAGCUGCACUACACUAGGGCACCAAGAAAAUGGAACAAACUGCCUUGCAGCAAGGUGAAAAGGCCAUCAUGGUGCCACCAUGAUGGGAAGGAGAUGGCUCAGGGUUUGCAGUUCUGCUGCCCCUUUGAUGUUAUUGAACUGUAAGUCACAGCAGCCCUAGCUAGUGAGAAGCAUACUGUCCAGUGUUUCACAGAGGAGAACCAAGACACAUAUGGUCAAGAAAAAUCAGAGUGUAGUCAAGAUGACAAAAUUUAUUCAGCAAGAACACCCAAGCAAGGAGAGGCUGCAGUUAUUUGUUUUUGUUUGAGCCUACUGGGGAAGGCAAGAUUGUACUCCCAUCUCUUCUCUUCCUUUCCUUAAUAGAGUGCAAAUUACAUUUGCAGAUUGAGGUUUGCAGCAUUUGAAGGAGCCCAAGAACAAAGAAGAAAGAAAUUGGGACAUUUUAGAAGCAGCUGAAAAAGUGGAAUGAUAUAAUUAAUUGUGAUCACCCUUACCAAAUUUGGGACGGUUGGAGAUUAUGGGCGAGGAAUUCUGGAAGUUACAACCAGCAUCUGGUUGCUGCGUGGGUCUUACUCCUGGGAUACGUAGUUGAAGGCAGGGAUUAUGGUCAGAAGGAGGCAUUAAAAUCAACUAUUAGCCUGUUUCCCCAAAAAUAAUACAGGAUCUUUUCAUUAAUUUUUGCUCCAAAAGAUGCGUUAAGGCUUGUUUUCAGGGGCAGUCUUAUAUUUCCAAAUUGAAUUUAUAAAUGAACUAUAUCUUAGGCUUAUUUUUGAAAUAGAGCUUAUAUUUCAAGCAUCCUCAGAAAUUCUGAUAGGUCUUAUUUUCAGGGUAGGUCUUAUUUUGGGGUAAACAGGGUAGUCAUACAAGGGAGGGUUAGGUGUACAGUGUUCCCUCACUACUUCGCAGUUCACUUUUCACAGAUUCGCUGUUUCGCAGUUUUUCAAUAAACUCUCAAAAUAUUUUUUUAAUUUACAGCCUAAGGAAGAGAGGAAGGAGAAGCCAAAGGGAGAGCAAAGAAGCCCAAGUGGCCACGGGAGGAGAAUGAGGCGAUUUAUCAACACACGAUUGGUUGAUAAAGACUUAAAAUAGUGUAUAACUACUAAAAUAAUGUAUAAAUAUUAAAAUAAAUAUAGUGUCCCUGCUUUGCGGAUUUUCACUUAUUGCUGGUGGUCCUGGAACCUAACCCCAGUGAUAAGUGAGGGAACACUGUAUUUGGGUUCUGCUUUAGGUGGAGGAACUGUCUUGUGUCAACAGCAAAUGGAUGCUAGAAGGAAAAGAACAUACAUAAGGUCUCAUGAGAGGAACUUUGCAUAAGUGACUGGUCAGGGAGAUGAAGAAAAGAAAGUGAUGGAGAGCUGGAUUUCAUAUCAGUUUGUGCUAAUCAGCCAGCAUACAAGUCUGUUAUUUUCCUUUUAACAGAACCAUUGCAAGGGCAGAGGCUUCGCAAGCAAAGUUUCCCUUGCCACAGUUGCAUGUUGAAAAGUUGAGCUCAGGUUUGCUUGAAAUUUAAAAGGAAUAGAAGCCCUGUUUGGAAUGGGAUAGGACACUUUUGUGUAUCACAAUAUCAGCAUCUUAUCUCAGUAGAUUACUUUGCUAUGAAAUGCAUAACAUAUAUAGGAUGGUGCUAUAUAAAUUUGUAUUAUUGAUCAUCUUUGGCUGUUACAUGUUCUAGCUUAAAUCUAGUCACUGUAUCUUGAGUAUGAUUUGCUAGCAGUGCUGUUUUUUCAGUUGUGGAAAACCACUGAUCCUCUCAGUGCCUUUGUGAAUUAAUCUCUUUGCAUCAAGAGUUCAGUAUGUGUUUAUAUAUGCUUUCGCCAUGGGAUUUUUAAUGGCCAUUGGCAUGUCAAAAAUGUACUGAUUUGAUUUGACCCUAGUUAUUAUUAGUUUUAAAACAAUUUGGAUUCUAUAAUAGGCGCUGGGACAUCAUCAUUGAGAUACAAAGCAGACAAGGAAAGUUCAACCCCAACCUCCAGAAGAAAUUUAAGAAUUCUUCAGUUUCUUUGUAUGCAGCUGAACCAUCCACCAGAUGGUGGUAUAACCCACGCUUGACUUGUCAGUAUGGUGAAAAUCUCCAUCUCAAAAAUACUAUUAAUUAGCUGACAUUGUGUUCCGUUCUCUAUUACUACUUUAGUGCAAGCAAUAAAAAAACUAAGCAGCUAACACUACAACUGAACAUGACAAUAUUCAUUAAUUAGUGAUGCUUUAAAUCUGAGGGUAAGUGAAAGUGAAUAGAAUUUUAUUUUUAUUUUUUUAAAAAGGUUUGCCAACUGAAGUAAAUUCAUCAUGAUGUACCUCCCUGUUUGAACAAUUUUUCUUAUGAGAAGAAAUGUCUUAUUUUUCAUAUCUGAUAGCAGGAUUUGGGAGAGUUAUUGAUGCGAUGUGUUGUCGAAGGCUUUCAUGGCCAGAAUCAUUGGGUUGAUGUGAUAUUUCCUAGGGCUGCCUAUUGUGGGCAGGGAAAAGGAAGAAGGCUCUGACAUCUGUUUAGACUUUGGAUUUUAAUUUGGCUCAAUAGUGCCUUUUCCUUGUGGAAUUAUGGUUUAGUCUGUGAAGGAGGCUAAGGUUUUUUAAAUGAAUGUUUAGCAUUCUUAAGAUUUUCCAAGCUUCUUUAAGGAGAAAUUAUGAUAGAUCACAAGAGCCAUUCGAAGAAAAGCAAGUUAUAAAGAGAAAAAACAUUGUAAAUAUGUCUAUAAAUUUAUAAUAUGGAUGAAUGUGAACACAAUCCUUUAUCACCAACAGAUUGUAUCCAUAUCAACAUAUUAGAUGCAAGUUAGAGGUUUGCCGGAUUUCAUUUUUUUAGUCACUGGCUGAUCUUAAGUGAUGUCUUUCAUGACCACGAGAUUCCCUUUAUGGGAAGGCAAAUGUUAAUAACAUUUUGACAAAAACUAAGUUGGAAUUUCAGCAGGUGUAGCUUUUUUAUAUCCUCCAUAAAAAGCUGCAUCCACUCAAAUUCCCUCUGUAUUUAACAGACAAUUCUGGCUUUCUUGGCAUAUAGUCAAACUCCAAUCUCUCCCCUAGUAACCAUACCCUGGGGAUUUCUUCUGUCCGUAAAUGCUGAAAUUUGCAUUGCUGUGUGUACUAGACAUGUCCAAAAAAUGGUUUUGAAUUCUAUAUCGGAUUUAUUUCAGAUUGUUCUCGCUUUUUGAUACACAUUGUCUCACAGCACAACCAGCAAUGUAAUUCGAACCAUUGUUGGCCCAUUUUCUAAUUGUCUCUUAAUGUUUCGUUAAUUCCCCCCCCCCCCAAAAUGUAAAUAUAUUUUUUAAAUAUUUUUUGUAAUUGUUUCUGCAACCUACCUUGAAUGGGAGCUUAGCGCAGCCUAACAUGGAUGCCGCUCCCCAGCCAAUCAGAAGCUUCCACGAUGGAUGCAAAGGUGGGGGCUAGGGUCCUCUGCGUCCACAUGGAAGAUUGCCAUAAAAUCCCGUUGUGUAGCCCGGGCGAGCCAUUCUGGGCCAGGCUUUGCGCUGAGAGGAUGGUGGUCUGCAAAUGGAGAGCAAGCAAGCCUUGUGUCUUGAGGGAGAGAGAGGGUGAAGGGGCCCAGUCUGGCUGUUCCCACAGAGGGGUUUGGAGAAAGGAUUAGGGUUUUGUUGCUGGUUCUUUCUCUUAGAAAGGGAAUUUCUAGUUUUCAAAGUAUCUUUGCACUCCUUACCAGGGCAUUGCUUGGCAUGGUGGUCACUAGUCCAUUUCUAAUUGAAGGCAUUGGGUUGAGGCUUGUGGGAUUACAUACCCAGAGACACCAUUGAUUUCCAGUGUCCUUCUUGCUUACAAAUAUAGCAAGGGAAUUUCUAGUUUUCAAAGUAUCUUUGCACAACUUGCAAGGGCAUUGCAAAUUUGAUGAGGAUAGCUCAAGAAAUGAGGGUGGGAGAGCCAUGUAAAAGUCCCCCCCCCCGGGUUCCUUUUUUUUGGUGAUUGCGCAUUCGCGUCCGCCAUUUUAGAAACAUUUAGAAUCAUUAAGAAUUUUCGGAAAUAUCCGAAAUUUUUGGGUGAAAAAAUCUGAAAUACUUUCUAUAUCGAAGCGCCAGCGCCCCCUACUUUAGAAACGAGAAUUGAAACAUUUUUUUCAUCGAUCGGACAUGCCUAGUAUGUACUCAUGGUUUUUCUAGUAGGUUUUAUGUUGGAUACAAUUAUGCUGCGGAUGGCAGAUACGUCAUUCUGAGACUCCUACUAGCUUCUUAAAAUUAAGGGAGAAAGAUUCCUUUGAGCUAGAGAAAAAUUAAGUCGGUGGAAAGGCAUCAGCCUGCCAAGCAGAUGUGUUGGGAAAAUUGAACAGCAGAAUUUUGCUAACAACGGGAUACAACUGAAAAUUUAAUUAUCCGAGGACUCAUCUACACAGGCCACAAACCCAGAAUCAAGAGAGAUGUUGCUCCUGGACAUCUGCAUGACGUUCAGGGACUUCUGGCUCCUAACAUGGGAUUAAAACCAGUUAACCUGCUUUUACUUGCAUUAGUUCCCUAUGUUAGUUAGGAGCCCCCAGUGGUGCAGAGGGCUAAACCCUUGUGCUGGCAGGACUGAUGACUUGAAGGUUGGGUUGCUGACCUGGAGGUUGCCGUUUCAAAUCCAACCCAGGAGAGCAUGGAUGAGCUCCCUCUGUCAACUCUAGCUCCAUGCGGGGACAUGAGAGAAGCCUCCCACAAGGAUGGUUAAAAUAUCAAAAACAUCCAGGAGUCCCCUGGGCAACGUCCUUGCAGACGGCCAAUUCUCUCACACCAGAAGCGACUUGCAGUCUCUCAAGUCACUUCUGACAUGAAAAAAAACCCCCUGUGUUAGUAGAAUUUGGAGAAUGUUUUGGUCUUUUGCCAAAUCACUUUUGUUCUGCACUUUGAGGUUGGGGUGCACAGCUGGACCAGUUGUAAUUUAAACCAGUCCACUACCUACCCUGGCCAGUGCCACCAUCCUCUCUUCCCUGAACUCUGGCACAGAAAGAAAGGGGGAAUGACACUUAGCUUUGUUUUCUUUUGUCGCUGCAUCAGCCAGCUCUGAAGGUCCUGAGAUCUUGUGACCAUUGCAGGGCACAUUUGCUGUCUUGAACAAAGCAAUCAGCCCCCUUUCCCCCCAGAUGUCAACAAAGGCACCUGGCAACAAUCAUAAGCUCUUGGGAGUUCCAGAACCAACUGCCAUGAUGACAAAUGACAAUCCAGAUAAGGAUGACCAUCUUAGAUGGCCUGAACUCCAUCCUGCUUCUUCAGUGGAAUGAAAGUGGACAGUGUAGCCAACCAUUGGGGCCGGCCCAGCAUCAGAGUUGUGCCCCAUAUACAUGGGCCAUAAGAAACUGUAUAUUCCACUUAAUACACUUGCACCUCUUUGCCCAAACAGCAGAGGUGCCUGGUGCCUUCAAUAAGGGGUGUGCCCCCCCCCCACACACACACAAGUGAUCCUCAUUAUUUCAUCCCUUGGUUCCACACAUUUAAAGCUUCUGAUAUCUCUUCCUAUGAAAAAAGGGCCUGCUAUCAGCCAUACUGACUUUCUUAAACUGCUAACAGAACAGACUUCACAGUUCUUUGUUCAGGAGAAAAGUAGAGCAGCUCUUGAACAAAUCUGAGAUGCAUGCUCUGAAUAAUUAGCACACAAGUUGUUUUAACAGCAGGAGUAUCAUAGGCAAUGUUGGUAGCCCUUUUAUGUCCAUUUGGGGGACAGAAGCAGGUAGAGAGUGGGAAGGGAAUACUGCGCAGAGCCUCAACAUUGCAGACAGUGUGCUCAUGGUUAGAAAACCCUGUGGAUACCAAAAUCCAUUUAUGCUCAAGUCCCAAUACAGUGGUGUAUCCAAAUGGUAUUCCUUAUAUAAAAUGGCAAAAUCAAUGUUUUGUGUUUUUGGAGGAAAUAUUUUUGGAGAAUGGUUGGAGAGGGGUGACUGUACUGUUCUAUUGUGCAAAAGUGAAAUGACAGAUUUUUUUCUCAGGUUUUGUACAUUUUGGGGUACAUAUACAUAAUGCUAGCUGACAGUGGCUACCACAAGUCACCAGAAAUUGUGCCACCCAUCUCCUGCCUCAUCUUUUUUUCUCCGAUGGAGUUGAAGGAAAUAAUUUUGUACUUCAUAUUCUGGUUAAAAUUUGCAAACUCUCCCACCUAUGCAAUAAAAAUAUAUGACAAAUUUA